CUGGGCUCAAGGCGAUUGUUGAAAGGAAAGCUGACGACCGCCGCGCUCCCCUGCUCUCCCCCUAGGGCUUGGCCUGCUCCCCAACUCCGGGCCUGCGGGCGACACAACAGCGGCAUGCUGCGCAACGCGAUCGCCUCCACCGUGCUCCGCAGCCUGCGGGCUAGCGAGGCAUACUCCAGCUGCGGCCUGCCCGGCAUGGCGGCCAGGGCCUACUCGGCCGCCAGCGUCCAAGAGCCCACCAUCACCGCCACCCUGUUCCCGGGAGACGGCAUUGGCCCCGAGAUCUCCGACGCGGUGAUGCAGAUUUUCGAGGCCGCCAAGGCGCCCAUCGAGUGGGAUGUGCAGAUUGUGGGCAAGGAGGUGGACCCCCGCACCAACAGCUUUGUGACGCGGGAGAACCUGGACUCUGUGCUGAAGAACCGCAUCGGGCUCAAGGCGCCCAUGGCCACCCCCAUCGGCAAGGGCUUCCGCUCCCUCAACCUCACCCUACGCAAGGAGCUGGGCCUGUACGCCAACGUGCGCCCAUGCCUCAGCAUCCCCGGCUACAAGACGCGGUACGACAACAUCGACCUGGUGACGAUCCGGGAGAACACGGAGGGGGAGUACAGCGGGCUGGAGCACGAGGUGGUGCCCGGGGUGGUGGAGAGCCUCAAGGUCAUCACGCGCGUGGCCUCCACCCGCGUGGCCGAGUUUGCCUUUGACUAUGCCAGCAAGCACGGGCGCAGGAAGGUGACGGCGGUGCACAAGGCCAACAUCAUGAAGCUGGCAGACGGGCUGUUCAUCAAGUGCUGCCGCGAGGUCAGCGAGCGGUACCCCGACAUCGAGUAUGAGGAGAUGAUUGUGGACAACACGUGCAUGCAGCUAGUGUCCAAGCCCGGCCAGUUUGACGUCAUGUGCAUGCCCAACCUGUACGGAGACAUCAUCUCAGACCUGUGCGCCGGCCUGAUCGGCGGUCUGGGCCUCACCCCCAGCGGCAACAUCGGCGCCAACGGCCUGGCGCUCAUGGAGGCUGUGCACGGCACCGCGCCCGACAUCGUGGGCCAGAACAAGGCCAACCCCACCGCGCUGCUGCUGUCGGGCGUCAUGAUGCUGCGCCACCUCACCCUCAACAAGCAGGCAGACAUGAUUGAGAAGGCGUGCCUGAGCACGAUUGCAGAGGGCAAGUACCUGACCCGCGACCUGGGCGGCAAGAGCGGCACCACAGACUUCACAUCCGCCAUCAUCGGCCACCUGCAGGGCUGAGCGGCGCGCCCCCUGGCCCCGCCAGCCCCCGCAGAGCGCCGCCUGGCGGCCGGGCCAGCGGCCGGCAAGCCGGCGCCGCUGGCACUGCACGCCAAUCCCUUCCCCAAGCCGGCACUGCCCUGUUGUUGCUCUCCCCCCGCGCCUGCCAUUGCUGUGACGCCCACUACUCCCCUUUGCUGUGUGCUACCGUCCCCGUGUGCCGCCCCCUAGCUACACGUCCCGCUCCCCACAUUUUUUGCUCCCGUCUGUCCCAGCAAUGCGCUCCCCUGUCCUAGCGCCCCUUGCCGUGCGCCGCUGCGCUGCGCAAUCUCCCGCCCUGCUUUUCUCCUUUGAUGCUGCACCUCCUCAACACUGCACCCCAACACUCUCACACCGCACGCCUACAGCGAGGCGCACGCAGGGAGGCGUCCCUCCCCGCCGUGGCACUGUCUGCCUGUCUGUUGCUGCGCCCUGCUGCCGGCGCUGGCCCGAUCGGCGGCGCCGCGCUGCCAGGGCGAAGCAAGUGUAAAGUUGCCAACUGCC